AUGGUCGGAACUCUCGUCCUCACCCGUCACGGCCAAUCCGAAUGGAACAAGCUCAACCUUUUCACCGGUUGGAAAGAUCCCGCCCUCACCGAACUCGGUCGUGAAGAAGCCCUUUCCGGUGCCAAAAAGAUCGCCGCAGCCGGCGUCAAAUUCGAUGUCGCCUUCACUUCCGCACUCCAGCGGGCCCAGACCACCCUCGGUAUCCAACUCAAAGAGAUCGGUCAAGAGGAUAUCCCUAUCCACAAGGACCAAGCUCUUAACGAGCGCGAUUACGGAGAGUUGAGUGGUCUCAACAAAGACGACGCCCGAAAGAAAUGGGGCGAGGACCAAGUUCACAUCUGGAGAAGGAGCUACGAUGUUCCCCCUCCCGGUGGAGAGAGCUUGAAGUUGACCGCGGAGAGAGUUUGGCCUUACUACCACAAGGAGAUUCUGCCGUUGGUUAAGGAGGGUAAGAAUGUGAUUGUUGCUGCUCACGGUAACUCGUUGAGGGCUAUGAUUAAAGAUAUUGAGGGUAUUAGCGAUGAUGACAUUGUCGGCCUCGAGCUCGCAACCGGUGUCCCUAUCCUUUACAAGCUCGACCAGGACGGAAAGAUUGUCUCGAAGGAGAUUCUUCAGGGAUAA